AUGCAGGAGAAGAUGAGGGCCGUGAAAACCAGGCUGGAGGCCAGUCAGAGCAGCGCCCAGGAGCUGGCGUCCCUCAAGAGCAAAGUGGUGUCCAUGGACAGUGAGCUGCAGGCCAGCCAGAGGGAGAUUGAGGAGUUAAAGACAGCAAGUGCAGGGAAGGUAGCAUUCUCUGCCUCUGUCGGGGGAUGGGGGAACACAGGACCAUUUAAUGUAGAGAAGACUCUAAAGUAUAAGAAUGUGCUUACAAAUAUAGGCAACGCAUACUAUCCAGCCACAGGAAUCUUUGUUGCACCAGUCAGAGGAAUUUAUUAUUUCCACUUCUGCUACCAUGCUGACCAGUACAAAAGUAAGGCAUCAAUUAUCUUGCACAAAAAUGGUCAGCUAGUAGCCCGUGCUUCGCAUCAUGCAGCAAACAGCGGUGGAACUGAAAACGGAUCUAACGGUGUUGCUCUGCAGCUGGAGGUGGGGGAUCAGGUCUAUGGACCCUUUCAAGAGAGUUCCAUUAUCAGCAUCAUAGUUGGCCCCACAAGGCUUCCGUUUUAACAUUCCAUAUGUUAUCUUAAUGCAGAGGAAGUAGAUUGGGAACCAAAUAGAACGUUCAAGCAUUGUUUUUGUUUUUAUUGUUGAAAGGGUCUAUAUUGUCCUGCAGCCUAAUUCUUUGGUUUGGGAUGGACCAGAACAUGAUACUGUGCUCACUGGCUUUCUGGUCACCAGUUUGUGAUGUGGAUGGCUAAUGUUUAAAAUAUUAUAUGUAUUUUUUUAUUUUUUUUAUUACUAUUUGUUUCUAGCCUGGAAAAUCCAGACCCUGAUAAUCUAGAAAGAUUAAGGGUCUGGCCAAGAACAAUGUCAUGGCCCACUCGAGGUGCGGCAACAAGCAUGCAUUUAAAAAUCUCACUGCACGCAAUUGGAUAACACUAGACCAUGUUUA